AUGAGGCCGGGCCUGGGCCUGGGGCUCGGGCUGGGGUUGGGGCCGGGCCUGGGGCUGGGCCUGGGGCCGGGCCUGGGGCUCGGGCCGGGGCUCGGGCUCUGGGCGGCGCUGCUGCUCGGGCGCGGCUCCCGCUCUGCCCUCCUGCCGCUCGUCAUCAACACCUGGAGCUUCAAUACGGCAACUCAGCGAGCCUGGAGCACCCUUCAGUCUGGAGGCUCAGUAUUAGAUGCCGUGGAAAAAGGUUGUGCUCAGUGUGAAGUUGACCAGUGUGAUGGCAGCGUGGGAUAUGGGGGAAGCCCAGAUGAACAUGGAGAGACGAGUUUGGAUGCUAUGAUUAUGAAUGGCAACACAAUGGAAGUUGGGGCAGUUGCAGACCUUAGAAGAAUCAAAAGUGCAAUCAGUGUGGCUCGAGCCGUGAUGGAACACACCAGACAUACACUGUUAGUGGGAGAAUCAGCAUCAAUGUUUUCUCAGAAUAUGGGUUUCCUAAGUGAAGAUUUAACAACUAAUAAUUCUCUGUCUAUACACGCAAAAUGGCUGGCCAACAAUUGCCAGCCAAACUUUCGGAAAAGCGUCUUUCCGGAUCCGGAAACAUCUUGCGGUCCAUACAAGCCAACUGAGAGACGACAAUCCAAAAAACUGAAAAACCUGAAGCAACGCAUCAAUUAUCGCAGCCAUGACACGAUUGGUAUGAUUGUGAUAGACAAGAACGGAAACGUAGCAGCUGGGACAUCAACUAACGGUGCGAACCAUAAAAUUCACGGCCGUGUAGGGGAUUCACCAAUAGUUGGAGCAGGUGCUUAUGCUGAUAGCACAGCUGGAGGUGCAGCUGCUACUGGAGACGGUGAUAUCAUGAUGAGAUUUCUUCCGAGCUACCAGGCAGUGGAAUACAUGAGAAUGGGGCUUGAUCCAACCAUAUCUUGCCAGAAGGCUGUUACAAGAAUUCAAGUGUAUUAUCCAAAGUUUUUUGGCGCACUUGUAUGUGUCAACAGAACUGGGAGUUAUGGUGCUGCAUGCAGUAAAACUCCAGGAUUUAAUCAAUUUCACUUCAUGGUUCAGAGUCCUGCACUAAAUGAAGCUUCAGAACAUAUGGUUGACUGCAUUUGAAACUACUGACAUUUUCAUAGCUUAUAAAUGGCUUGUGAAAUUUAAACUGUUUACACUCAUUAUGAAUUUAAUGAAUAAAAUUAUGCUGUAAUCUUCUGAAUUCAAUAUAGAAUAUGAAUGUUUGUAAUUUGACUUGAAACAUGAGGUGUAGUCUAUCUAUUUGACAAGCACAUGCAAACUAUAUUGUAAAGCUUCAGAAGUUUCUUUACAGCAUAUUUACUUUUGCAUAUUUUUAUGAAUGUUAGAUAUUUGCAGAAACCAGUUAAUCCUUCAGUCCUGUGAGAUAUUGAUACUAGGUAACCACCAGAAGACAUUAUUUUAUGAAGAGAUUGGAACAACAAAAAGUGGUUCAACCUUAAAAACUGAAAAGUCAAAAUUUGUGUCUCCAAACCCCUAGGAAAUUAAAUUGAAUCAAUUCCAGACAA